UACAUAAAAAGAACUUCUACAGUGUAGAUAGUGAAAUUUUAUUCAGAAAAAGAGCAUCAAUUGAAAAAAUCUAAAAAUGGCGCAAAGCCGUGCAGAAUCUCCCGAAGUGAAAUGUCAUUAUCCGUACACAACGCUGAGGAGACGCACUAUAGUGCUAAGAAACUGGCGCGAUUCCCCAUCUACCGUAACGCUGGCGCCAUUUCGCGUCUUUGGCAUCAGCGAUGGCCAUAAAUAUAUACCCAAGCCGCAUGAAAUUGUGCCGCCGUACUAUAAGAAGUACUUUAUUGAAAAGAGGAAUACCCUGCUGACCGUCAUAUCGGAUCACGGCUUAUACACAGCAGAGUUAAACAAAUUUAGAAACUCCCAGCCGGAUGAGAAUGUAACUAAUCUUGAAAAUCCUCACUCAAUGACUGAGCCAUCGGGCCCAACACAAUUUGAACCCGAUAAUAACAAUAGAAAGCAGACCCCUCUAAAGGCAGUGACAAUUCAAAAUAAGAAGUAUGCGCCACAGAACAACCACUCUUCUGCUGGGGAAGCUUCGAAAAAGUUUAGGGAAAAUAUCAAUCCUAGAAAGGAAGAGUUGGACACACUUACUGUGCCUAAUAAUAGUAGUAGUGAUAUAAAGAAUCCAAAAGCCAAACAAGUUCGAGGCCUCGCUCCUAAAGUUAAAACGAUUGAAAAACAAAAGCUGCCGCUCCUUUCCCAGCCGAUUAAACAAAAUGUGAAAACUCUACUAGAGCAAAAGAAUAAUAAUGUCAAAAUAUUCCCAAAUGUGCAACCAAGGGGACUACCCCAGCAGGAUAAACAGAGUGUAAUGCCUCUAAAGGAUCAAAAUAUUAUGGAGAAUGACUAUCUUCAGAAAACCCAAAUUCAAGAUUUGGUACAAAAUGUGAAAACUACUCCAAAUCAAACGCAUAAAGAAAAUCAAGCUCAAGGUAAAGUUAAGAUUUUAAAUACACAGCCAAUAGAUCAAAAUAUUAUGAAGAACGACUAUCUUAAGAAAAAUCAAGAUUGGGGUACAGAACAAAUUCAACGGCCAAGAGGAUACUUCUAUCAAAUUAAAGCAAAUGAAAAGACUCUGGAGCAUAACAAUGUGAAGAACGAGUGUAGUCAAAAAUGGGAAAAACAAGUUCAAGAUACGUCACGCAAUAUCAAGAAAAAUCCAAAUAUGCAGCAAAAUUUUAAGGCUCUAAUGGAUCCAUCAGGUUUGAAGAACGGCUAUCUUAAAGAGAGCCAAGCAGGUAAUAUCAAAACAAUUGUUAAUCAACAGCCAAAGGAAUACCUCUAUGAAAAUAAACUAAUUGUGAUAACUCAAAGUGCGCAAAAUCAUAUAAAGAACGACAAUAAUGUUAUAGAAAAACAAAAUCAAGGCAUUGCAGGUAAUAUAAAAAUAACUCUAAGGCGAUUCCCCAAUGAUAAUAAACAUAAUUUAGAAGCCAAGCAAAGAAUUGAAGAGUUAGCAAAAAGCAUCAAUGAAAACAUUAAAAAUAAUAAGGUGCUCUCCAAAACUCUUGCAACCUUAAAUUACUCAGAAUAAAAUAUUGAGAAGUAAUAUAUAAAAUGAAAGCAGAACUAUAAAAAUAAAAACAGAAUCGUUGAAACUGG